AUGGUUUGUCUCAUUCGUACUGUUGGGACUGUCAGCUCUCUUGCUUGUUAUGCUGUUCCCUAUUCUGUGCUGGAUAUGUAUAAAGGUUUUGUUGUUACCCUUCCGUUGUGCGAUCGAAGUCAUCGGGUACUUUUGGACGAACAGACUCUGGACGUCGGUCCGGUUUCAGGCGAAACUCGGGACCAAGGAGAAGUGGAAAUUCGUUGUAAAAUCACGUAUCGAGUGAUUGAUCCCGACUGCUUGUAUGUGUCCAUAAUGAAGAGUCCGCGCAAGUUCCUCACUCCUCUUGCUCAGAACAGCAUGAUAACCGUCCUCGGUCAUCUGCCGUGGUCACACCUUGAGGAUGGUGGAGGCAAACUGGAUUUUUCUAAUGAAGUCGUGACAUCGCUCAAUUGUAAUUGUGGUGUACACGGUCUUCAGAUCGCUCGGGUUGUAUGCACCUCCAUAACUCUCAUUCGUGCUCCACCAUCUCCCGAGACCUUGAGACGUUCUACUUUGUCCACGGUUCAGAAGCAGUUGCAGAAUCUGACCUCCAUAUUCUUCCCUGGCAAACGUCGUUCGGAUUCAUCGAGGACAUCCGCCGACCCCGAAUCAGGCGAUGCGCGCGUUAAUGUGGCCAGCAAGUCUGUCAACGAAGCAUCGGUUCCCGAGGCUGUUGAUUCGAAGGAUAGAUCCAAAUCAGUAGACAUACCUCGUUCAGUUAAAUCCGAUCCGGUUGUCGAAACAAAUGCGAAUGAGGAGAUCUCUCGUACUCAAUUGAUGUCUCUUCGAUUGACAGACGCUUCGGCAACUCGGGCCAUUGUCUGUUCCCAGGUCAUCGCACGAGCUCAACCGUUCCUAAACAAUGAUCUGGUUUGUCGAGCAUUGGAUCGGGCAACCCUGCAACUAGUGAUCGGGUCUGAGCCUUUUCGCGAACCAUUACCCAGUCCGACAGAGGCCGCUUGUGACGAGACCCAAUUUAGUGUACUCUAUUUGGACGCAAAAUCAGGACGUGCAGCGAUGGGUGCACUUCCCGACGCAGAUGUUGAGCUCUUCGUAACCGCGGCAGAUUUACACGAGAUUCUCACCGGGCAACUGGAUUUGCUGAAAGCUGUGAACGAGGAGCGAGCCGUGGUUAAAGGCAGUAGCAAAACUCUAGAUAAAUUGCGUCACUUGUUGUUCCUGCGAUCGGGUUAA